AUGAUAAUAAACAUCACCAUCAUAUGGGACAUGCCAGUCAAUACUGAUAGAAUUAUAACAGCGAACAGACCAGACAUAAACGUUAAAGAUUCAAUGAAUUCCACCUGCAAACUGAUUGAUAUUACUGUUACAUCAGAUAGAAACAUUGCACUGAAGGAAAUUGAAAAGAAAAGCAAGUACAAAGACCUUACCUAGAACAAGAAAUACAGAGAAUGUGGCAUAUGAAAACCGUACUGAUCCCUGUGGUUGUUGGUGUGUUUGGUACAGUAAAGAAGGAGAUGGUAGAAAACAUCAAGAAAGCCAUGAGAGUGAGCUACUGUAACAGAGGUCCAAAAGAUCUGCAUGCUGGGAUCUGCGCGAAUCCUCAGCUAAAAAAAAAGAAAGGUGCUUAGUGUAGAAUGACAGGACUAUAGCAGCUAAUAUGCCGGCUAAAGAACAAGAAGGAUAAAAGCUGCCUUCUCAUUGACAUGACUAUAACCCUGGACACCAACACCUCAGUCAAAACCACGGAAAAGCUUACCAAAUACAAAGACUUGGAAAUCGAGGUUGAGAGAAUGUGGGGGCUCAAAACAACAACAGUUCAGGUGGUUAUGGGAGCCCUUGGUACCAUCAAGAAGGACAUGGAAAACUACUCCAACAAAAUCCCUGGCAACAUCAACAUAUAUGAACUUCAGAAAAUAACUCUCCUUUCUUCAGCCCACCUUCUCUGGCGGGUCCUCUCAAUCAAG